AGAGAACAUUAGUGCAGGCAGUACACAACUGGAUGUGUGUAUGGCAGUGACUAAAUUCUCUAAAGACCUAAAUUGGAUCAGAUGUUAGAAGAGAGACCUAGAACAAAAUGUGUCUAUAAAUAGAGUCUGAAAUAAAUCCAUACUUAAUCAAUUAAUGCUCAACUUAACUUUAUUCUUCUCUGUCUUUCAGGAUUUUCUUCUCCUGCAUUCCUCUUUAGAUCAAUUGUCCUCCUUCUUCCCUGCAAAAAGCUAAACAACCGCCAUGAGUAUUAUCCAGGACAAAUUAAGCAAUGAAUUUUUGCGCAAUGGUGGCAUGGACCCCAACUUUGCACCAGGUAUGCUUAUGUUCAGCCACCUGCCCCCUGUCACCAGCUUCACACGACUGGCCUCCCAAUCAGUAAUGGGCGAGCUUCCCCAGGAGAUGAUCCUGAAGAAAGAACGUGACUCGCCCCCUGAAAACCAGGGCGCCACAGCUGUAAACACAGGGGGCUUCCUCCACAGCAUGGGCAUUAAGCAGGAGAGGUUGAGUGAGUUGGAUUACCGCAUGCCCCUCUACGGCGGGGGUGGAGGAAUAGGGUUGAACUGUGUUGGAGGGGUCGCGGGGAAGAGUGGCAGCGACAUGCAGGACAUGUCUUUUGGCAACCACCACCAAAAUCACCAGAACAUGCUGCUCCAUGACCUCAGCCUCAGCAACGUUCGCAACCUUGGAGAGCCGAUGCCUGGAAGAUCUGGUAAAGAGCCAAAAGAGUCCUCGGGUAGAAGAGGGCGGAGGAGCAAUGGAGACGGGCAGGGAGGCAAAGCACGAAGGAAACGCAACGAUGCUGCAAAGGCCAUGAUGAUGGAUGCAGAUGGAGCCUGCCUUUCACCCAACUCGAAACCACAUAUCUGUGAGCACUGUAAUGCUGCCUUCCGCAGCUCCUACCACUUGCGCAGACAUGUGCUCAUACACACAGGUGAGAGGCCUUUCCGGUGCAGUCAGUGUAACAUGAGCUUCAUCCAGAAGUACCUGCUCCAGCGGCACGAGAAGAUCCACAGUGGAGAGAAGCCUUUCAGCUGUGACCAGUGUAACAUGCGUUUUAUACAGAAGUACCAUAUGGAGCGGCACAAAAGGACACACAGCGGCGAGAAGCCAUAUCGCUGCGAUACCUGCCAACAAUUUUUCUCAAGAACAGACCGGUUACUGAAGCACAAACGAACUUGUGGAGAAGCCAUAAAGAAGGGCCUGGACCCGAGCAUGCUGGAGCUCAGCGAGGCAGAGCUAGGCCACGGCAGCUAUUCACUUACUCAGGGAAACUCUACCACCUCCGGACGCAAGAGGGCCAAGUCCAAAAAUGGCGAGGGCGGUGAGCGCAAGAGGAAGAAAAAUGCCUCGGCAUCAAUGGCGGCGGCCUCAUCUUCUGGGGGGAUGGCCCGUGACCUGGGCCUUCAGGACUUUAGCAUGGAGCAUCCCUCGGGCUCUGGCCCCACCAUGCAGGGACGCACUCCCAAGUUGGUCUUUAAAAAAGCCGGACGCAAGGGCUUGGACAAGGGUCUUCUCUCUCUGGAGGACAGUGUAGAUGGACAAAAACAUUUGGGCCAGAAGCCAAACUCCAUGGAUCACGUGGAGGCUUCUGGCCUUGAGAACAUGGGUCUACUCCAGGGAACAGGGGGUAACAAGCAGGGGCCCACCACCACCAGCAACUACGAUGAUGCAAUGCAGUUCGUGAAAAAGCGGCGCUACCUCCAUGCAGUUAACAAUGACUAUGGAGCCGGCUCACUGCACAUGACGCCCCAGGGAGGUAGUGUAAUCCAGGGCUCCCUGGGGCCUGAACCCACGCUGGCCAUGCUGGACUCCUCGCCUUUGGAUCUAAAGCAUGACAAGUCGGGCAUUCCAGAUGAGGUACUUCAGAGCCUGCUAGACCAUUAUAGCCAUAAACAAGAGGGGACACACCACCACGAUGUGACUUUCGACCUGUCGGACCAUCCGCACCACGUCGACCUGCAGCCGGCAGCCCCUGUGACCCCUGAGCUGGAGGAUGACUCGCCACACGGUGGGGAAAAGACAGCGGUGAUGAGCGAGUACUCAAAGUUCCUCCUUCAAGCCCUGGAGCGCACCAGCCAUAGUGGACCCUUCCCCAGCCUUGGCCCUACAGGGCCUUUCCCACUCCUGUCAAGCAGCUCCAGUCCCACUGGGCCCCUGUUCUCUGACAAACACGUGUAUGCCACAUCCCCGCUGGAUUGUGUCUACCCGCCUGCUGUAUCCUCCCCACUGCCCAUUGUCGCCCCCUCUUCGGUCUCCUCCUCUUCCUCAUCCAAGUCGCAUUAUGGCAUGCUUGUUGGCUCCCCUUCCCAGGCAGGCUACCACCUCAGCUUAGAAUCUACAAGCCACCAGCAGCUGACUCCAUCUCAGGAGCUGACCGAGCAGUUGGAGAAGCAGCACUCGCCCAGCGCCUUCAACCUACCUCCCCAGGACCUGACUGCCCAGGCAGACGGCUCCAAGGGGCAACAGCCUAAGGCAGGAGGGAGCUCUGCACCCACCAACGGCUCCAGCUACCCAGACCUGUCCCCGCUGAAUCCCCCUAAAGAAACCACCUAUCAAAUCGAGAACUUCGCCCAAGCCUUCGGCUCCCAGUUCAAGUCAGGGCGGGGAACCCCUCUGGGCUACGGCAGUGAUCCUGGGUCAGAGGUGGACCACCGAAUACGGACUCCGGUGUCAGAAUUCUCAGGGUAUACAAGUUUGUUAGCUGACGUCAGUGAGCCAGUGAGUACAGGAUCAAAAACCCCGACAAGCCAAAGUUUCAGAUAAGGGUCAAGCGAGGUGAAUCCAGUAGGGGGCUGUUCUGUUGCUGUCCAUACGGUCCCUUUACCCAUCCUAAUUUUGUUCUUGUAGCAAAGUUUUUUUAAACACUGCCAUUAAAUGUUGAUACAAAAAUGACCAGGGAGGGUCUUCCAUGGCCUCAAAUGCAAUUUUUUAAAAUAUUCUCAUUUUUAUUAUGUAUUUAGUCACUCAAAAUUUUGUUUAAGAGUAGUGUUUUUGAUAUGAACGUACCGUAGAUUUAAAUGUAAUUUAAAACAUUUAGAGGGUAGCUAUAAACUUGCUUGAUUUUUUUUCUUUCUUUCUCUGAACUAUUGUGUUUUACCAAUCAUCAUACCAUUGUAAAGUAAUAAUGAAUAAUGUUGAUGAUUUCAAUAAUAAUAACAUUUGUGGCAGGGAAAGGCCCAGAAUUCAAAUGGCAAAAAAGUAUAUAUUGUCUGUUACAAGAAACGUAUUAACUCAGGAAAAUAGGCAAAAUUGUGUAAUAAGACUUUGUAUUAUGAGAUGCAAUUAGCACAGUUUUUACAGGUGUACUUUGAGACUACAAAGCUUUGAUUUUGUUUUUGUGUUUUGUUUCGUUUAAACUCGUCAGAACAACAAAUUUCAAUACAUGAUCAUGUUCAGAUUCUGCUGCGUGUAGUUUUGUUGAGAUUAUGGUACUGUUGUGUCAAAGUAAAGACAUCCACAUUUUCUUUUGGAGAGCCACAUUUCAUACACGGGGUAGUGUUAAAUAGUUGUGGAGUUCAGGCCAUGUUGUACACACAUGAUCUGAAGUGAAGAGGAUGUUACAAACAAAGCUGACUGGUGAUUUCAGCGUGAGGCAUCACUUGAUGAUGCCUGUGGCCAGUUAGAUAAAACAAAGCUUAGAUUCAUUUAAAUCUCAUUGCUGAUACGGCUUUCUGAAAAUGAAAUCUGCAAAACAACACCAGUUUAUUACUGAAAUGAUUUCUUUCAUUUCUAACAAAAAAAAGAAAGUCACCACUUUUCUACUCCACGCCUUGCUGUUCUUUUUUUUUUUUUUCUGUCAGUGGAAUCAAACAAGCACUUUUUAAACAAAUCAUUGGAAACAACAACCCAUUCAAUUAGCAUACUUGAUCCGUGAAUAUUAUGCGUAUGGUUAUUAUAUUAUUUUAAGAGGAAAAAACUGUGAAAGUGGGUUGGGAGGGUGGGAGGCAGGGAGGGGAGGGGUGAAUAGCGGGUGGGUGAGUGAGUGGGAGAAUGGGAGGGAGGGGAAUGCUGGAUUAUGGAUAAAUGGGCUUUAGUAGGGGUUGACUAGGCAUGACCAUGGGCAUCUUUAAUGUAUUUUGUUGCUUUUUCUCAAGGGUAGAAGAGACGGGGUGGGGGGUGGGGUUUGUUUUUCUUACGGUUUGUCGGGUGAUGUAAAAAGAUGACUUGCCAUAAUUUUGUUAUACAAUAUUUUGAGAGUACCUCUUUGUAUUUAAGUGUUUUGAGAGACGGGCUGACAUGCUGGAACCCUUAUAUCUUUAGUCCCCCUGGGUGUGUUGGAUGCAUACCUGAAACCUUUUAUUUAUUCUCCACUAGCCACAACAGAAUUCUGUAGCAGAUAUUUCUUUGGCAAGUAAUCACCGGACCUACACCCCUACCUUCCGUCCCUCUACUUUUUAAUGUUUCUUUUAAUCCCACUGUUAGCAGUAGUUGCAAGAAACUGCUUCAAUUAUACAGUUAAAAAAAAAAACAGUAUCCAAGUUAAGUUAAACACACAUCCCCUUCCCAAAAUGCAGCCCUGCGCUCACAAAAUUAAACAAUGGCCUUCUUUGUCUUCCAUGGCUACAGCCAUUCUUUCCCGGCAGCCAGGGUUGAUAUUUAAUUUAGAUGAUUUCCUGUGAGCUGAACCCCCUCCCCACUUUACUUUUCUUGUCUGUGAGCUCCACAGCCAAGAGACUUUGAAGCUGCUCAGAUCACAGGGAACAAAGACUGACUGACCAGCCACCUCACUCCAAACACACACUAUGCUUUUAAAGGAGAGAAAACAAGUGGGUGAGAGUUGGAAGAAGAAAAAAAGACAAUAAGAUUGACCUAAAUAUACCUCAUAUCACUAAAGCGUAAAGCAGGGACACGCGUUUCAUGUAUGUAGUGAAAAUAUUUGUAGUAUAGGUUCGACAUAUUGUAUAAUCAUUUAACACUGCCUGUGUUUACAAUUAUAGAGCAAGUGACUCGGCAAAAUGCAAAUGUAUUUUUUUUUCUUCUUUUUUUUUUCUGUAAAAACAUCCACGCCAAGCAGUGUUUCAUUCUAGAUGCCUCAUAGAACAUUCAUUUUUCUCAUGUUAUAUCCCUUAUUUUUGUUACUUGCCAUAAUGUGUUUUGAUAUGAUCUCUAGAAGGAUAUUGUUUACAAAAAUGUACAAAAACACUAAAAAUGUGUGUUCUCAAUUUUUUUUUGAGUUUUUCUCCAGUAUGCAUGAUAAAGACAUUUUUGUAUGGCUUUUUUUCUGACUGUCACCUCAAUACCAAAUUUUGUAGCAGAAGCCUCCCCAUUCCUUUGUCUUAUUUGUUCUAGACCCCUUGUGAUAUGAUUUCCCAGGCUGUACCUGUUAUUGAGAUGAUGAACGGAUUAGAGAAGCCAAUAAAAACUUUUUGUUACAAAAAA